AUGAUGGAGAUCAACUCGGUGAAGCCGCUGCUGCCGGAGGCCAUGGAUGAGUUGCACAGGAUACAGAUGAUUGACGGAGUUGCUAUGGGCAGCCCGGUGGCGCCGGUUUUAGCAAAUAUCUGGAUGGAGCAUUUUGAGGCAAACAUAGACCUGCAACCAUGGGCAGUGAAGUUAUGGAAGCGGUAUGUCGAUGAUGUCUUUUGUAUCAUGAAGGGUGGCAAGCAAGAAGUUGAGCAAUUACUCCAGUAUCUCAAUUCCAUUCAUCAGAAGGUGAAAUUUACGUAUGAAUUGGAAUCAGAUCGAAGUUUGCCUUUUCUGGACAUAAAAGUGAUAGGUCGGAUGGAUGGAUCCUUGGCGCACACUGUCUACAGGAAGCCUACUCACACAGAUAGAUACCUCAAUGCUCAGUCUCACCACCACCCUCGUCACCUACUGUCCGUCGUUAAUUCCCUAAAGAACAGAGCACAUGACCUUUGUGACCCUGAAUUUUUAGAGAGUGAGAUGUCACACAUUCAGGAGGUUCUUAGAAAGAAUGGGUACAGGGUGGAUUGUCGGCAACCAAGACGAAAGCCUGCGAAGAAGCAUCCGAAUGUUGCAAGACGACCGGCAUUUAUGCCCUAUGUCAAGGAGUGA